UUGUGGCUCAUUCUCAUAUUGGGUAUGAAGAAGAUUUUAAAUGAUUGUAGUAUGUUAUUGAAGUUUAAGAAGUAUGUUAUAGAUGCCCAUAACGUGUUUUAUAAUUCAUACAGAUUUCGGAAAUGGACCUCCAGUCGAAUCUUUUCUGAGGUUGACAAAUGGUAUCGGUUUUUGCUCUGGGCGAGUGGAGGUUCUUCAUGAUGGUCAGUGGGGAACAGUGUGUGAUGAUUACUGGGAUCAAACAGAUGCUACAGUGGUGUGUAGAGAGAUUGGUUGUGGGAAUGUGAUUGAGGCAAAGAGUGUUGCUUAUUUUGGAGAAGGUUCAGGAGAAAUAUGGAUGGAUAAUGUAAAUUGCAAUGGCACGGAGUCUUCACUGAUGGACUGUAAGACACUUGGUUGGGGAAUACAUAACUGUGUGCAUUCAGAAGACGCUGGAGUCAUCUGUGAAGGUGGAUGAAAGCUAUGUAAAUAUUGCAUAUACUGAAUAGAACUAAACAUUUCUAAUCCCUUACUCUCUGUUUUUAUGUUAGACUAUAUUAGGUUGAUAAAUGGCGCUGACUCUUGUUCUGGACGAGUGGAGGUUCUUCAUGAUGGUCAGUGGGGAACAGUGUGUGAUGAUGGCUGGGAUCAAACAGAUGCUGCAGUGGUGUGUAGAGACCUGAAUUGUGGGAAUGUGAUUGAGGCAAAGAGUGCUGCUUAUUUUGGACCAGGUGUAGGACCAGUAUGGAUGGGUGAUGUACAGUGUACUGGGACUGAGGCUUCACUUGUGAACUGUACAUCAACAAAAUGGGGAAUACAGAGCUGCGAACAUUUAAAAGAUGCUGGAGUCACCUGUCAAGGUGGAUGAAAGCUAUGUAAAUAUUGCAUACACUAAAUAGAACCAAGCUUUUCUAAUCCUUUACUCUGUUUUAUUGUUAGCCUUUAUUAGGUUGAUAAAUGGCGCUAACUCUUGUUCUGGACGAGUGGAGGUUCUUCAUGAUGGUCAGUGGGGAACAGUGUGUGAUGAUGGCUGGGAUCAAACAGAUGCUGCAGUGGUGUGUAGAGAACUGAAUUGUGGGAAUGUGAUUGAGGCAAAGAGUGCUGCUUAUUUUGGACCAGGUGUAGGAUCAGUAUGGAUGGGUGAUGUACAGUGUACUGGGAUGGAGGCUUCACUUGUGAACUGUACAUCAACAAAAUGGGGAAUACAGAGCUGUGAACAUUUAAAAGACGCUGGAGUCACCUGUAAAAGUGAGUUAAAAUAUGUUGGAUACAUUUUGCAUGUUGCUUAGAAACUAGCGUUCACAGAGAAAUUCUAU